AUGAAGGACAUCGAAAACGUCGCUCGGGGCUACAAAGCCGCCAUCAAAAACCGAAACGUCUCCGACGAAGGCCGCCUCCACGCCGAAGAAGAACUCAAGCGAAUCCAAUCCAACGAGACUCCGAGCGAAGGAGGCCUUAGCGACGACGAAGCAAGACAUAACAAAAACGUUGCGCGGGGCUUGAAAGCGGCGACCCAUAAUCCGAAUGUCACGGAUGUUGGGAAGCAGCAGGCGAGGAAUCGGUUGGAGAGUAUGGGGGAGCAUCCGGAGCGGCCGGCUGAUUAG